CCCAGCAGCCAAUUGACUGUCGUCAGCCCGUUUAAUUUCCCAAUUGGCGAUCGUCUCGGAGCAGUAGCCUUAGCAAAACGCUUAACCUUCCACGCACAACCGCAUCUCAGCAGCAAUGGCUUUCUUGAGAUACGCUCUGCCGGCUCUGGCAGCAGCUGGCUCGGCCUUCGCCCAGAGCAACUCGUGCAGCACCUCGGCCACUUUGACAGUCGUUAGCCCGGCCGAUGCCAGCGCUCUCUCGUCCUGCACCACCUUCUCCGGCAGCGUCGCCAUUGCCACCGAGGCCGCUGGUGAUUUCAGCUUCCCGAGCGUGCGCGAGAUCACUGGUGACUUGACGGCCACUGGCGCCACCAAUGUCACGUCCAUCUCGGCCGACAGCAUCGAGUCCAUCGGCGGCACCUUCGGUCUGGACAACUUGCAACGUCUCAACACCCUCAACUUCCAGGAGAUCACCUCCGUCGGCAAGCUCGACUUCUCGGGUCUACCCAACUUGAACACGCUGAACUUCCCUCAGAACAUCCAGUCCGCCCAGUCUCUCAACAUUCAGAACACGUUCUUGAGCUCUCUGAACGGCAUCAAUCUGCAAUCAGUCGAGUCCAUCUACAUUGCCAACAACAACUUGCUGCAGGACAUCAGCUUCCAGGUCUCCAACCUGACUGGCACCAUCAACGUUGAGUCCAACGGUGAUCAGCUGAAGUGUGCUUUCCCCAACCUCAUCACUGCUGCGAACAUCACCUUCCGUGACGUCCCAAGCAUCUCGAUCCCGUCCUUGACGAACACCACUGGCUCUCUCGGAUUUUACGAGAACACCAUCACCACCAUCAACGCUCCCAACUUGACAACGGUUGGCGGCACCCUUGCCAUCAACACGAACCCCAAGUUGACCAACAUCUCCAUGCCCGUUCUCCAGACAAUUACUGGUGGUCUUCAAGUGCAAAACAACACCAUUCUCGAGGAGGUCACCUUCCCAGCUCUGACUACCAUUAGCGGUGCCACCGACAUGUACGGAAACUUUACCUCAGUCUCUCUGCCUGCUCUCAAGGACAACCGUGGUGGUUUCAACCUUCAGUCCACUGGCAACAUCACCGCGUCUUGCGACGUUUUUAACAAUGAGCAUGGCCAGUCCUCCGUCAUCAAGGGCAAGUACCAGUGCGCAGGCUCCCUCACCAACCCGGGCAACAGCUCCACCACCGCCACAGGCUCUGGCUCCUCUUCUACCAAGAAGUCGGAGGCUGGUGACGUCCGGAUCAACGCUGCGGCUAUGGGUCUUUCCGGUCUUGUUGCUGCCAUGUUCGCUUUGUAAAUGGCUGGGGAGAGUAUCCUGCUGCGCUCACCUUCCGCGUACUUUGUUUUCUUUGCACAGGAACGUACACGAAGAAGAGCAGGGUGUCUGGGUCCGCUUUUUUUCAACUAGCAAAAUCUUAGGGCGUUUCGAUUCUCUUACCCGGUUGCGCAAUCAAAGUUCCUUCCUUUUGAUUCUAUUUGCUGAUAUACUUCUUCCUGCGUUAAAUGGGCAACGGGCAACUCGAAAUUGGUAUAGACUGUAAUAAUUCUACUUGCCCAUCUUCCGUCACCAUGGAUUGGUGAGAAGGUGUGGUGCAUCGUCCCAGAGAAAACCCUACUAAUUAAAAUCGGAUCACCGACGAGCAUACUGCAACAAAAAUUACUUCAUUGCUACAACAGACCGCUGCUACUUCCACCAACACUUUCUCUGACAUGAGGUGGAGCGCCGAGUACCUCAAGACCUUCGGUGGAGAGCCGAGGGCGGACGAUACUUGAUGGGGCUUGAGAGAGCUCUCUUCGCAAUCUUCUGCAGCGUCUUGGGAGACUGGGUUCUUCACAUCUGUCAAUGUGGGUGUUUUGUAUGUCUCGACAAGGAUGGACGUUUCACGGAGGUAUUGCUGGUGACAAAAAGUACGUUCUUUGAUUAAGAAGUAUGUCAAUUAGCGAGAGUAUUGCGGAUUAUGUGUGGAUUAAUGUAGCCGAGUUUGAACCACGUCCGAGUUCAUGACCCGUGUGCCCUUUGUACUUUUUUGACAGUAUUUGUGUAGUGGUUCUGAGCAAACGUGCCUGUAGCUCCACGUUUGAUCAGUCUUAAGGGGGAGGGCUUUGAAGUAACUUUUACUCGCUCUUCUUUCAGCAUGUUGCCAUCUUGAUUUGACCAGAAAGGGAUAACGAUACGUAUUGACGACAAGGAAAGCCUUGGUCGAUGAACUGAA